AUGACUCCAAUUCAACAGACGCCUUCGGUUCACAACACUAUUGACGGUUCCUCUAUCGAUUUUCCAAAUCAAAUUUCACUUGGAGAAUAUUUAUUUUAUAGAAUCUCCCAAGCUAACCCAAUACUUAAAUCCAUAUUUGGUAUUCCGGGUGACUUCAAUCUCAAUUUGUUAGAACAUAUUUACUCACCAAUUAUAUCCGAAAGGGAGAUAAAGUUUAUAAAUGCAUGUAAUGAAUUGAAUUGUGCUUAUGCUGCCGAUGGUUACUCAAGAGUUAUUGGUGGUAUGAGUGCUAUGAUUACAACUUUUGGUGUUGGUGAAUUAUCAGCUAUUAAUGGUGUUGCUGGGGCAUUCGCAGAACAUAGUCCUGUUUUACACAUUGUCGGAACCACUUCGAUGAAAGAUAGAUUACGUGCUCCAAAUGAAAUUUAUAAUAUCCAUCACUUGGUACCAAACCAUGAUCCAUUAAAGCCACCUAAUCAUGAUGUAUAUAAAUCCAUGGUUAAAAGUAUAUCAGUUGUUCAAGAAUCUUUAGACUAUGAUACUAGAAAUAACUUGAUCAAAAUUGACAAUGUUUUGAAAAAAGUAAUUCAAGAGGCAAGACCAGGGUAUUUGUUUAUCCCUAGUGAUGUUCCAGAUCUUCCAGUGCCAGUUAACAUGUUAUUACUGGAUCCAUUUACUGCUGAUACAAGAUACACCAAUCUGACAUUAUCAAAAGAAGUAUUGGAUGAAGUAACUAAUGUCAUUCUCAAUAAAUUAUAUGAUGCCAAAAACCCAUCAAUAUUUUCCGAUUGCUUAACAACAAGAUUUGGAUAUCAAAAUGAUCUCAACAGAUUUAUUGAUCAAAUCCCAGAAAGCGUCAAAUUGUUUACUGCCAAUCUUGCUAGAAACUUGGAUGAAAGUAGAAGCAAUCUUGUUGGUGUAUACAAUGGGAAUGGAUCUUCAGAUGACAAAACUAAACAGGAAUUUGAAUCAUCUGAUUUCAUAUUAGCUUUAGGGUUUUUCCCCAACGAAAUGAAUACUGGUGGCCAUACAUCAAAUUUCUCAAAGGUAACAGAUGUUGUCAUUGUUCACCCAGAUUACAUUAAAGUCAAUCACCAGUUCUAUCAUAUUAAACAAAAUGAUGGGGAAAGAUUAUUCACUUUGGGCGAGUUUCUUUGUACCUUGACUGAAAAAUUAGACGCAUCGAAAAUUUCAGUUGAACCUAAAGAUAUUUAUCAAUAUCAACCUCCACAACAAUACACAACAUCAAAUCUUGACUAUAUUCCGCAAGGUAAGCUCAUUGAUCACUUUAACUCCACUCUUAAGCCCAAUGAUUUAUUUAUUAUAGAAACCCUGUCAUUUGUAUUUGGAUUACCAGAUAUGAAAUUCCCACCAAAUUUACAAUUGCUUACAUCCCCUUAUUAUGGUUCGAUUGGAUAUGCUAUUCCAGCAACUUUUGGAGCUACUCUUGCUGUCAAUGAUUUGAAAUCUGAUAGAAGAGUUAUUUUAGUUCAAGGUGAUGGGGCAGCACAAAUGACAGUACAAGAAUUAUCCAGCUUUGUUAGAUAUAAGGAGAUUCUACCAAACUUGCCACAAAUCUAUUUGAUAAAUAAUGAUGGCUACACCAUUGAGCGUAAAAUUAAAGGUCCAAACCGAUCCUAUAAUGAUAUCAAUGGUAAAUGGAAAUGGGGUGAUUUACUAAACGUGUUUGGUGGUGUCCAAGGUAAAAUGUAUGAAUCAUAUGUAUUGAAGAAUAGUUAUGAAUUGGAUCAAUUCUUUAGUGGCAAGACAAAGCCAAUGCUGUCCAACAAAUUGCAAUUUUAUGAAAUAAUUGCUGGUAAAUAUGAUGUUCCUCAAAGAGUUGACAACAUGAUGUGCAUUUCUAAAAAAUAA